UGCUUUCCAUCGCAUGGACCAGAGAUGUCCUAUUUUCUAGUAAUUUUACUUGCCAUUGCAAGUACAGCUGCUCAAAGCAGCGACCAGACUCAAUACCAAGGAGCCCAAGUGCUAAAACUCAAGCUCAAGACAGAUGCUCAAAAAACACUCAUCAGAAAAUUGCAGAGUGAAGGAAAGAUUGAAAUUUGGAAACGGUUAUCCCACGGAAAUGUCGUAGAUGCUUUGGUAAGCUCUUCGGCACUAUCUGCAGUGAAAGAUCAGCUGGCGAAAGAAAAUGUCGAAGUGCAAGUCAUGAUUGCCGACGUUGCGAAAACGAUAAAAACGCACAACCCACCAGCUGAGGUAAAAGAGGAGGCUGCGAAACGGAAGCAAACUCCGCAAAGGAAAACUGCAUCUGCUAAGAUCGCCGAGACAUACAACUUACCCUUCACAAAGUACAACAGACUCAGCGUCAUUUACGGAUAUUUAGAUUUUCUCGCAAGAAAAUAUCCGACUGUCUGCUCCGUUCAGAGUAUUGGAGUCACCGGCUUAGGAAACGCUAUUAAAAUGCUGAAAAUUACCGGAAGUGUUAAGCCAGCCAAGCUUAGUUUCGUGAUCGAAGGAGGUAUUCAUGCUCGGGAGUGGAUUUCUCCUGCCUCGGUGACGUACGUCAUCAAAGAGUUGGUGGAAAAUCGCGCCGCACACGCAUUCGCACCAAAACUCGACUAUUACAUAAUACCAGUGAUUAAUCCCGACGGCUACGAGUUCGCGCACACGAAAAGUCGGCUGUGGCGAAAGAAUCGACGCGACGCGAUGAGCAAGUGUCCAGGCGUCGACUUGAACCGCAACUUUGGAUACAUGUGGGGAGGCUUGGGAGCCAGCGACCUUCUUUGCGACGAGACCUACAGGGGAAAAUCUGCUUUUUCCGAACCUGAAUCACAGGCCAUGAGGAACGUCGUGACCAAAAUAGGAACUAGCGCUAAGGCGUAUAUAACAUUCCACAGCUAUGGGCAAAACAUCCUCUACCCCUGGGGCUACGAUGCAAUUCUGACAAACGACUCUGCCGAUCUGCACAAAAUGGGCAAAAAAAUGGCAGCCGGCAUCACUAGCGCGGGAGGACCAGCUUACACUGUCGGAAACUCCGCCGCUGAUAUGUACGCGGCCGCAGGCGUUUCUGACGAUUUCGCGAAGGGAGGCGCAAACAUCAAGUACGCAUACACGAUCGAGCUUCGAGACCAGGGCCGAAGUGGAUUUUUGCUGCCUGCAAGUCAGAUUGUGCCAACGGGAAAAGAUGCGUUUGCCGCUGUCAAAGCUAUGUCUCUCGAGCUCAUUGCUGGCGCUUAAAUUUAAUCAUUGCAAACCAAACAGAUUAAAAAAGGCAGGAAGGGGAGUAGUAUCU